UUCAGUUUCAGCACAUGCCCCUCAAAAGGUCUGUGCACGGCCCUGCUCAACGGUGUCUUCUACACCGGAGACAGUUGCUUUGCAUUAGAUGGUAAAGAUGUGCAGCUGGAGCUGGAGAUCACCGAUGCCAUCUACGACCUUCUCGGCUUCAGCGGUAAUCAAGAGAUAGAUGUGAAGCUGCAGGUCAUGACGGAUGACCACAUCUCCGUCAGUUCCUGCAGUCCAGGAGAGAUGCACGUACAGCUGGAGACUGACAAGAAUGAGCACAUGUCGGUGUGUGAGGUCAAAGAUCUGCAGCUGGAGAUGAACAGGAACAGCAUCUCGGAGCUGAAGAGCCCUGAGCCGGUGUCUGAAGAUGAGAGUGAUCCAGUCCCAGCAGGAGCUUCAGGAGAACAAGCCCUGGAUGAUGAGGAGAACCGCUCAACAGAACUCACCACUGGGCAGAUGACCAAGAACAUUAGUGCAGUCUUCCAGGGAUUUUGUGCAGCUUUCCAGGGAAAAAUGGCGAACCCUGUUGGGGAAGCUGAAGUGGAUCUGAUUGGUCCAGAUGGAUCAUAUGUCCCAGAUCCAAGUGUUCAUGAGCCAGAAUCUGAAACAUAUCUGGUCGAUUCUGAGCAAUCGUGUUUCACUGAAACUGAUCUGGUUGCUCCUCCAGAACCUAAACUGGAUCCGGUUGAUCCAGAGGAAUCAUGCGUCAGCCCGGAAGAAAAUACCAGCACGAUGAAGAAUAAGAAGGUCCAUGGCUUCGUCAUGACCAAGAGAACGGAAUAUGCUACAGUGAGGAACAUAAAGAAAAUCAGCACUUUCCUCCAGAACGACAGACCGAAGCAUGUUGGAGUCUCAGCGCGGCCAGAUCUGGAGCUGAACGUUCCUGAUCCAGAACCUGGAGAGAAUCCGGAUGAUCCUCCUGAAGAUGAUUGGGAUCUGGCUCCUCCACAGGAAUCAUGUGCACCAGCUGCAAGCGUUCCUGAGCCGGAAUCUAAAGUGACAUCUGAGCUUUCAAUGUUGGAAAACUACGUCCCUCUAAACGUGUUCCAACUGGAGGAUCGUUUGGAGAAAUACACACCUCUCAAACAAAGACACGUGACUAACGUCUGGCCCAGGGUCUUCAUCGGAGAUGAAGAGAUGGCCACCGACCGAGAUGCUCUGCAGGAGAUGUGCAUCACUCACAUCCUCAACGCUGCAGCACCAAAGAAGCAUCUUAAAUACUACUUAGGACGUUUUAAUGAUGAAGACAUGGUAGGAACGGUCAAUACAGGGUCCAGAUAUUACAGAGGCUUGCACAUCAAUUAUUACGGCUUGCCUACAGCAGACAGACACUGUUCUGACAUCAGCAAGUGCUUCAUACCAGCUGCCAAAUUCAUUGACAAGGCCCUGGAGAAGCGAGCAAGUAAGGUGCUGAUUUGCUGCAAGCAGGGUGUGGAGCACUCGGUGACUCUGUUUCUGGCGUAUCUGAUGAUCUGUCAUGACAUGAUGGUGGAGGAGGCCAUCGAUCACGUCAUGAAGGAGAGACGCAUCAGACCCUCCAGAGACGUCCUGAAGAAGCUGAUGCUCCUCAACGCUGACCUGGUGCUGCAGAGAAAACUGAAACUGCAGGACAUCAGAACCGGCCGAAAGAGGAACAAGUGGCAGCUUAAAAAAAGGAGAGCGCUGAUAUAAAAAUAAUAAAAAUGUGCACAGAUGAAAAAACAUAACAGCAAGAGCUGUCCUGGUAAUGAGCUGCUAGUACUUUUAUUCAUUUAUUAGUUAUUUUAUGUGUUCAUAUAGUGCAGAAGAACAAGUGCACAGAUAGAAAAAAAAUGUGUAUAUAAAUAGAAAUGUGAGCAAAAUAAAAAAAUUGUUCAGAAGUACUUCAGAAAAUCAAACUUUUGCACAUAGUUGAAUAAAAUAUUAAAAUGAAUGGAGCUGCCAGUGCUUUUGUGUAUUUAAUUCUUAUAGUGCAGAUGAAUAAGUGCACAGAUAGUUAAACAGUUCAAAUCAAAC